AUGCGAGUGAAAUUAGUGCUUAUUGCCUUCGCUGUUUUAAUCAUUGCCUUCGUCAAUGCGGAAUUCUAUUUCAAUCAUGUACUACCAAAAGAAGAAGAUUUAAAAGAAUUAGAUCUAAAGUGUAUUCCUGGUCGUACAACAAUUAAAAUUGGAGAGCAAUUAGACCUCAAACCAGAUUCAGAUGAAUACGAAGAUACAGACACAAGACGAUCACACAUGAAUGGUGAAACAAAAGAUGAACACUGCAAGAUAUGUGUAUGCUCAAUUGAAGGAAAAGAUCAGUAUUGUAGUAUUAGGCCAGCUAAGAAUGUAAAUGAGUGCAUUACAAUGGCCAAAUACACUGAUGAUUUUAAUAAGAAUAUUCCAUUUGAUAUCAGUAGAAACUUGGCGUAUAGGAUUAGGAGAGUGGGCACGGAUUCUUCUACAUGCAUACCAUUUGUAUCGGAGUAUACGGACUGUACGGACGAGAACAGAUGCUCUGGCUGCCAAAGAUGUGCAUGUACUGAAGAAGCCACGUGGGUCUGCCACCCCGUAGUGGAGUGUGAGGAAACGGAAGACACCGGAAUCUUUAUAGACGAUAAUCAGUUUGAAGAUGUCCUGACUAAGCUUAAACAAGACUCAAAGCUCAAGAGAAUGAAGCAAUCGAUGAAAGCAAAUACACCGCAUGUACCAAGACCAAGCGUAACGAAGUCUGACGAUUUAUUACUAGGUUACAUCAUAGCUAUACCUCGAGCACUGAGCACCACUUAA